GACAAGUUGGACCUGAGGAAAGUCGGUGUAGCGGGAACUGCAACUGUGUGGCACGAAGGGAAGACGCCCUAGAGGACGCUGGAAACCCCGGAGUCCUCCCAUGUUCGCGUCACUCCUGCGCACUCAGAAUGGCCCUCGGUCUGAGCGCACGCCGCUCCUAGCUGCCUUCAAUCUGUACCGCAACCGCCGCGAAGCACACCCCGAUAACGAGCGCUCAGUGUCUGACGACGACAACGACGACGAUUAUGCAGCACAGCACGAUGGCGAGGAGGACAACGAGGACACUUAUGGCCAUGUCCGCAAUGACGGGCCGCUGCUGCCAGUCUUCUCCGAGUUCCUAGAUCGCCUCCCCAUCUACAACACCACCCACUCAAUCCGUAUAAUCGUCAUCCAGCGGUGCGAGACCACCCUAUCUUGGGAGCAGCUUCGCUCGCCGCAGGUCUCGCAGUUCCUCAUCAAGCCCAUCCAGCAGCAGAUCCUCUCGGACCAUUUCUCGCGUGGGACCCUGUAUUGUCUGCUAGCCAAUUGCUUGCAGUUCAGGAAGGAAGGAGAAUCUAAUCCGGGCAAUGUGGGCGUGAGCAGAUCAAGAGCGCUGAUAUGCGAGCUGCUUGCCAUGCGCCUACUAAAGGAGUUCUCCACCCGUGAGCUUAUUGAUGCCCUGUCCUACGACUUCGAUCCGCUGCAGGGCUUGGCUCCUGCCGCAGCUGGCACUGCGACUCCGGGGGGGAACAGGCCGCGAUCGGGACCCCGUUCCGCCCGCAUAUCCACUCUCGAGAUCUCUAUCCGCGCUCAGGCCAAGAAAUUCUUAGCCCACCCUCUGGUCGUCCAGCAGCUCGAGGCUAUCUGGGCAGGGACGAUAGUCUUCCACUCCGCCGCAGACAGCUUGCAUCGACAACCAGCGCUAGGCCAACACAUGCCUGAGCAGCACCGGCUCUAUAAUGCUAUCAAUGCAGACGUCUCGCCCGGACGAGGCCCUUCCCGUCGUCCGUCAUCUGCGAAGCAGGAAACUACACGCCGUAGUCUUCCUGGCUUCCCGAUCGUGAGGCGCACUGUAACUCUCUAUGAUCCUCAUGAUGCUUCGCUUUUUAAGCUGUCCCGGCUUCGUGUGCCCCGGUAUCGGCAAAUGUUCACCACGGUUUCAUAUGCGAUUAUGCUUGGGCUCUUCGUAGCAGUGCUUCGGGAGAAAUCUGAUGAUAUCACAGCCCUCGAGGUUCUCUUCUGGUUCUGGAGUGCCGGCUACAUGCUCGACGAAAUAGUUGGCUUCUCAGAACAGGGUUUUGGGCUGUAUAUCAUGAGUGUCUGGAACGCCUUCGACCUUGGCAUUCUGUUAAUGUUCAUGGUCUACUACAUCCUUCGCCUCUAUGGGAUCUUGAUGCCCGAUGUUAGAAGGCAUUAUAUUGCGAGCAUGGCUUACGAUGUUCUUGGCUCCACAGCCGUUCUCCUUUUCCCCCGGCUCUUCUCAGCUCUUGACCACUAUCGGUAUUUCUCCCAGCUACUCAUUGCUUUCCGCAUGAUGGCCAUGGACUUGGUGGCAAUCCUACUACUGAUCGUCAUAAGCUGCAGUGGCUUCUUUGUCGCCUUCACCAUGUCCUUUAAGAAGGAUCUAGACGCACCAAGUGCAGCCUAUGCUCUAUUCCAGAUGCUAAUGGGUUUUACGCCAGCCGCAUGGGAAAUAUGGGGCGAUUAUAACCCUCUCGGCCAAACCCUCCUGACUUUAUUCCUCUUUAUUUGUCACUUUCUCAUCGUCACGAUUUUGAUCACCGUUUUGACCAAUUCGUUUAUGGCUAUUGUACAAAACGGGAAUGAGGAACACCAGUUUCUAUUCGCUGUCAACACAAUCUCGAUGGUCAAAUCCGAUGCCCUGUUCUCGUAUAUUGCUCCGACGAACAUACUUGGAUGGCUAGUCAUCCCAAUGAAAUAUUGCAUGUCGUUCCGGAGGUUCAUCAGAAUGAACCGGCUCAUCAUUAAGGUCACCCACAUCCCAAUCCUGUUCUCUAUUUUUCUCUACGAACGUUUACUCCUGUCGAACUUCGCAUACGGACCGACCGAUCUAGUAGAACAGCGUGGCCGGGCUCACUCAAAAUUGCCUGCGUUCACGCUCCGCGGACCUACAGAUGUAUUCAGUCCUGGGACCCGGCUACGGGAACCUUCCAUCACCACUUUCCAUAAAGAUCGUGCCCUCGAGGAGGUUUUCCGUCGGCCUUUUCGUGAUCCUACCCUCAAUGGGACGUCGGAACAACUUCCCAGCAGGCGUAAUUCGAGCAACGUUGUUACGGACUGGAUGAAGGGUGUUGGCGAUGGUGGAGAAGCCCUUCCCCCUCUGGAAGACACGCGAUCAGUGCUUGACCGCCUCGAAACCCGUAAGAGGCCAAGACUACGGCGUACUAUGACCGCAGGACAUACUCAGUACAGGCGCAAACACCCUCUAGCAAUGACCCGGUCUGUAGCUUCCGACCCAGAUAACAACAUCAACACAUUCGAUCGCCAUUUCUCAAUCGCCGAAGAGGAAGAGCCCGACAUGAGUAUGGAGGAUUUGCCACAGCAAACGGAUGCAGACGGAGAUGAUGAGCUAGUGACUAACGAAGAUGAUGACAGGGUACCUUCCGAUCAUGUCGCUGGACAAACCAACGAAGAACUAGACAAAGAGAACAAACAUGUCGUCAGUUAUGAAACGUCAGAGGAGGAAUACUUCCGCACUCCCAUGACAGUCAAGCCGCGUACACCUAAAAUGGGAAGUUCACUCUCGUCGGCCGGACUACCGCACGGUACAGCUACCAGUCAAAGACCGCCCACAAGGACAAAGCCAGGGCACAGCCGGAACCUAUCUACAAAUACUGUAUUAUUUAGUCCGUCGAAGGAGACAAUGGAGCAAAUGUCUCGCUCAACGUCUCCGUCUAGAGCUCCCCCUGCGGGCACUCGAAGUGGCACUGUCACACCAGGCCGCAUCGUGACAGACGGCCGUCGCACACCAAAGCGCCUCGCUUUGUCUGGGGUACCAACGACUCGACCGCGCCCCAUAAUGCCGCCCCACAAUUUAAAUCGAUCAACACCAAACAUCGCAAGUUUUCUCGCCCUCGAUCAACGUCGGAGAGACCCUUCAUUCAACGCAGUUGCUUUGGACUUAGCUUCAGACUUGGGUGACAACAGACAUGGCCCCGACUACGGGGCGUUGGGCGCGUUGCCUGCUUCGUUCACUACUCAACUUGAAAUGGCUGCGAGGGCUAGAGCUAGAGAAGGGGGUGACGAGGAGUCAAACAGGAUGAGCAGGAUUAUGUUGGCCAGGAUGACGACUCUAGAAGAAGGGUUCAGGGAUGUUCUCAAAGAGGUCAAGGGGUUGAAAAAGGGCAGCGAAGACGGUGGGCCGAGCAGAGAUGGAAGCAAAGGACACAGUGCGACGGAGGAGCACUCCAAGAAGAAAGGUAAGGGGAAGAGGAGAAACGACAGAAGAGGCAAAGGAGAGGAACGAAUGGGCUCCAGCGUGUGACAUGCAUUUCUGCGGUUGUCUCGUGGUAUUUGCAUAUUUGGUAUAUGGCGUCUUGGUUUUUCAUGCAUCAUAAGUUUGUUUUCGGGACCGAUACCUAUACCGUAUCUUCUCUUCUCUAUAAUGGCUCUGUGAGCGCUCCUUUGUAUAAUAUACAAUAAAUUUCGCUGUUGGGACGCACAAUUGCACCUCGCUGCUCAGCAUAGAAUAUAAU